AUGUUCUUCCCACUUGCUCACAGUGUAAGCAGGCCGGAGUCGCCUGCUGUUGUCCAAUAUCUCGAGAACGCCGUUGCCGCUUUAGAGAUCCAGCUGAGCUUGACUGAUGUCUACAACGAACAUUCGUCGGAUGACAAAGAGAGGUGUCUCUUCCAUCCUCCACCUCGGGGUGCCUCAGCAAGCACGGAUCCUGUCGCGACUCGCUUCCAUGAGGUGCCUAGAACCAGCGUCUGUGAUACUGGCCCCACAGACACAUAUACAUCAAUCGUCACCAUAGCCCGGACUGCUAUUGAGCCAAUGUCCACAUGUCUUCCAGAAGGACUCGACAAAACGGCGUACGGAAAAAGUCUGACCACUGGCGCUGAGCUACCCGUGGUACUUCGGGCAACUCACCAGGGUCGCAGAACAGGAGAUUUGACAGCCACCAUCGGGGGUCUGCACGAAGUACCCCGGGAUGUGGCAAGUGUCCUGGUUGACAUCUACAUCGAGAGAAUCCUGCCGCAAUACCCUUACUUUCUUGAGGAUGAUCUCCGAGCGCAGUUUGACGCUGUGUACGGUCAGACAGAAUCCCAACCCCCCCAAGAUGCAUAUUUCAUCAUAUCGCUCAUCAUGGCAUUCAGCACCUUGACUUCCAAAUCUCAGAAUGUUCGAAAGAUCUGCGCGAUCGCCGAAGCCCUUCUUCGGGAUGCGUUAAAUCAUAGCGGCUUCCUCCGACACGCGAAUGUUCGCUCGUUGCAGUGUAUAAUCCUCCUGCAGCAGUCGGGAGCACUUCUGCCUCACACAGCGAAUCUCUGGCAUUUGGUCGGAGAAGGCAUGAAGAUUGCCAUCGGUUUGGGCUUACAUCAAGAGCCUGAUCCUGCUCUGGGCCUCGACGACCUCGCUCUCGACCUUCGGAGGAGAAUCUUUUGGAGUAUUUAUGCCAUAGAAAGAUCUCUUGCUGUUACUUCUCAUCGCCCAUUCACUAUUAAGGACGAGCACAUUAACGUGGCAUUUCCGUCCGAUUCUGAGGAUGCAUUCAUACAUCCUUCGGGGAUUAAGCCGGGAGGGCGGCGAUUGAAGUAUCAUUUUAUAAAUUUCAUUCGAUUCCGACAGAUUCAAUCGGAGAUCUGUGCGGUCCAGUUCUUUACUCGAAGCCUUGCCAACAAGACUUACGCUCAGUGGACGUCAGAAAUGGAAAAAAAGAUUGGUUCUCUCCACGAUUCCAUAUCUCUCAUGAUGGAGACUGCGCCGGACUGGUGUUCUCACGCCGUGUGCCAGAGUCGACUGAUGCUCUAUCGACCAUGCUCAUACAACCUCACUCCAUCUGAUACGCAGAUGACGGCAUGUUUUGCCGCCGCAGUCGAAGUCGCCAAUGCCUGCUGGACGGGCUCACGAACGGCCCAUUUAGUCUUUGUGUUCCACAUGGUUCAUAACUUAUUUGAGGCAGGGACUACGAUUCUAUACCUAUUGAAAAUAUCACCCGAGACCUUUCGAGCUUUGUAUGGGAAUAACCGCAUAAUUGAGCUCCUCAAUCAAAUCUCAGGAGUCUUUACCACGGUAUCCGAACGAUGGCUUGGUGCGUUGGACGUUGGAGAGUUUUAUGACGAUCUCAAAAAAGUCACGUUGAAGAGCUAUAUGUUUGCAGAUGACAGUAACUUCUCCUUGCACGACUUACAGCUCCUCAAUCAAUUGGAUAAUAUCAUUCUUCGAAAACCAGUGGAACACCUGUAUCAACACGAGCGCCGCCAAUCAGCUAUCUAUGGCGAUCAUGGUUCGUUCCCGAGUGGUUCUCUGGACGAGUGGGACAAAACUUUUCAGGAAGACAGCGACUAUUCAAUGAUGGCGGGAGAUUUCUGGCAAGAGAUUGCUGACAUGGGGUUCAAUGAAUACAACAUCGACCUUUUCCCGACGACAGCCGCUUCACCAAUCGAGGAAGCCCAACUACAAGCUAACUCGAAUCUCCCAGGUGGCGAAGAAGCCAAAGCCUUUGCUCAAUGGGACCCGAGUUCGAUCCCGAGCGCCGUCAUGACUGAAAGGCUGAACAACGCAAUAAAGCUACUACCAGCCUGUAAAAUCUGUCGGCGCCGCCGUGUCAGAUGCGAUCGCCAGCUUCCGACUUGUUAUAACUGCAAAAAGGCCGACGCUCGUUGCUUGUACUACGAUUAUGUCCUCUCCGAAGAUAUCCCUCGAGAGUAUGUUUAUUCGCUUCAACUGAGGCUUCAAAGCCUGCUCGCAGAACAAGACAUGCGUGCCGCGUCAACUCAGUCUCCGUGUACCAACAAGGUUCCCGAAUCUGGCGCUUUUUUCCCGGCCUUGACGCUGCAGAGAACUCACAGCGAGUUUAACGCAGCUGAAAGCAUCGGCUUAACGAUCGCCAUCUCCAAUAAUGAGCUGCUCUCGUGCACCACGGCAUAUUUCGGCCCUACAAAUCCAUUUGUGCGACUUCUCAAAGAGAGCAAAUUAGUCCAGGGCUGCUUCCCAAGCUAUCAGCCAACCAUUCAACGGAGAAACGUCCCGACAUCACAAAUCUAUGAUGCCCUUGGACCUUUAAAUGCCGAGUUGCCAUCCCAUUCUUUGGUGUUGUCGUUGAUACGAAUAUUCAACGCAUCAAUUAAUAUUUUUUAUCCGGCGGUCACCCAACGCCGCCUGAGUGAAAUUUAUACAUAUCUCUCUCAAGCAAGCGAACAUCAUGGAUCAAGCCGCUGGCAGAUCCCAACCCUCUAUCUCAUCUUUGCCAUCUCUCUCUAUCUCUCGAGCAAAGAAGACCGCCGUUUGGCGGGGUUGUCUGUCACGUACUUCACAAACUCGAUCACUGAGUGGCAAGCCUCCAAGGGACUGAGCAACACACACAAUAUUCGGAUCAGGCUCCUCCUGUGUAUCUAUGUGUUGCUGAACCCAACAGCAGGAGAUAUUUGGCGCCUUCUUGGCUUUGUGUGCCGCUUGUGCCUCGACAUGGCCAGUACUAACGCCGAUCGCGAUGAUGAAGAGACCCAAGAGAUCUUCGCUCUGUAUCGUGCCGUAUACUGUCUGGAAUGUGACGUCGCCAUCGCACUCGGACGGCCGACUCAGUUGCCGAAAUACGAUUUCAAUAUUUCAUGCUUUCAACCCACAAGCGUAAUUGAGAAGACAUCCUUCUAUCUCUACGAGUACUCCGAAGUGAGAUCCCUGAUCCACGCCCAGAUCCUCAGCGGGGCAACUUGUCAAGCUAGCCAUGCCGCCCAAAACAACUGCGCGUGGCACAUCAACAGCCGGAGCAAGUUGGAAACUUUGAGGGCCUCUUGGGCGACUGAACUGGCCUCUUGCGAAGAGGAGCAGUCCUCUCCCGCACCAGACAACAGCCACACUGUCGGCCGCGAAACCCUUGAAACGCUGGGGGCAUUUAGCGAGUCUCUUUACCACAGCUCCAACCUCCUCUUGGAGCAAGCGGCCACGCCCUUGACGUCGUGCGCCGAUGGAGGAGGAGUAUUUAACGUCGCCGAUUCGGCCGAGCAAUUCAUCCAAUGCUGCAUGAAGAUGCACCAGAUCCAGGUCCAUGAAACCCGGCGCGCUCUCUCACAGACCGAUCUCACCGCGCCGUCGCCCUCGUCUCAAUCUCCUCCGCAACGGGAUGCACGAUUUUGUUUCUACACGGUCUCGACGUGGCCGCUGCAGUACGCGCUCUUCUCGGCCGCUUUGAUGCUCAUCGCUUCUCCCCGUGCUGUCGCUGCACAUCAAGACUCGACCUCCUCGACACUCGAGGAUCGAGUCCGGCGCUGCAUGUCUUUCCUCGGAACUCUCGAGGGCGAUCGAGACACAUUGUCGAGUGGAGUGUCGAGGGCGCUUGAAGCUUUCCACUUGUCACACAAAGCUGGGAGCUUCUAA